GCGGCGGCGCGGGCGGGACCCAACGACGCGGGCGGCUACACGUGCGUGGCGGCCAACGGCGCCGGCACCGACACCGCCCACUUCACCCUCGCCGUCGUGCAGGAGAUCCAGGUCUCCGCCCACCCGCCCGUGCAGACGGUCUCCGCCGGCAGCCGCGUCAGCGUGCGGUGCCGCGUCCAGGGCUCCCCCGUGGCCGAGGUCCGCUGGUAUAAGGACGGCUCCCCGCUGCACACCCACACCCACGCCCACCUCAUGCUGCAGGGGCGGGACACGCUGGUGAUCACGGGCGUGGGCGAGAGGGACGCCGGGAUGUACCAGUGCGUGGCGGCCAACAGCCUGGGCGAGGCACAGGCGUCCAGCCAGAUCAGCAUCCGAGACUCCGUGCCCAGCCUCCGCCACACCUUCAUCGAGCAGACGCUGCAGCCGGGGCCGCCCGUGUCCCUCAAGUGCACCGCCCUCGGCCACCCGACGCCCGUCAUCACCUGGACUCUGGACGGACGCCCUCUCACGCCCUCCAGCGGGCACUACGGCGGCCAGCGGGUGAGCGUGGGCGCGUGGGUGGACGUGGGCGGCCAGGUGGUGAGCCAGGUGAACAUCAGCAGCGCCGGGCACAUGGACGGCGGCCUCUACGCAUGCGCCGCCGCCAACUCCGCCGGGAGGGCCGAGCACAGCGCCCGCCUCAACGUCUACGGUGGGUGGAGGGGCGACGGGGAGGCGUGGGAGGGACUUGGGGACUGGAUGCCGUCUUUCGUUUCCGUUGCAAGUGCUGUGUUGAAGCAUAGUUUUGAUAUAUAA